UUGCAGUGAUUACUUUAAUUCUGGACUCUUUUAAAAUUGGAUACUUUAUUGGAUUUUCAGACUGUUUAUCAGCAACUGAAGGCAUUUUUCCUGUUACACAUGCAAUGCAUACGCUUUUACAGGUGUAUUUUCUUUGGUGUCAUGCCAAGGAUAUUAUCCAGUCUUUCAAAACACUUGAAAGGUUUGGGGUGAUCCAUUCCGUGUUUACAAAUUUACUCCUGUGGACAAACGGAGUGUUAACAGAAUCAAAACACCAACUCAAUGAACACAAGGAAAGAUUAAUCACACUUGGUUUUGGAAACAUAACAAUAGAUGACCAUGCACCCCAAUGUAAUUGUACAACAACUCUCUGUUCGAUAUUUUCUCAAGGAAUGUAUUACCUGUAUCCCUUCAACAUAGAGUAUCAUAUUUUAGCAUCCACAAUGCUCUAUGUCCUGUGGAAGAAUAUUGGACGCAAAGUAGAACACCACCACCAACACAAAAUACUGUUCAAGUUUCAUGGCAUAACAGUGGGCACGAUUUUUGGACUAAUUGUGCUGAUUAGCACAAUAGCGGUCGUUGUUGUGUACUUAAUUCAGAUAGGACGUUCAAAAAUCAAAAGUGAGUUAGCACUUACUAUGUUUUACUUAUAUGCUAUCUCCGUACUGACUCUUAUGUGUGCAGCUGGAAUUGUCGCCCUUCUAAUUUACAGACUAGAAGAAAGAUCAAUGGAUAAUUCAAAAAAUCCUGCCAGGAAACUUGAUGCAGACCUAUUGGUUGGCACAGCUUCAGGUUCCUGGCUCCUCUCUUGGGGUUCUAUCCUAGCGAUGAUCUGUGCCCAGGCUCAUCCGAAAUACACAUGGUACAAUCUUCCUUAUUCCAUCCUGGUUAUUAUUGAGAAAUAUAUUCAGAAUCUCUUUAUCAUUGAGUCCAUACAUCGUGAAGAGGAAAAAGUGAAUGAUGAUAUUAAAACUCUUCGAAUAGUAACUGUAUCCAGUGGGAGCACUCUGUCACUUACCCCAUCAUACAAAGAAAUUUACAAUGGAGCAGCUGAUAUGGACAAUGGAAAGUUUCCAUACAUGUUCAAUGGGAAUAUCUACAUGAGAGAAAGAAGUGGCAGUGAUGGUUUUGAUGAAGUCAGGAGUCAAGCUAGCAGUCCAGUCACACACUCAACCUCAGAUUUCUCACUGUACAGUCAAAACUCAGUUAACAAUAAGAGGAGAAUCCUGAAGAACAUUGCAGCAUUUUUAUUCCUGUGUAAUCUUUCGCUUUGGAUUCCACCAGCAUUUGGUUGCCGCCCAGAGUAUGACAAUGGACUGGAAGAAAUAGUUUUUGGCUUUGAACCUUGGAUAAUUGUUGUUAACCUUGCAAUGCCUUUUUCUAUUUUCUAUCGUAUGCAUUCAGCUGCCUCACUCUUUGAGGUUAAUUGCAAAACCUAAUCUAUGAGGAGUCUCAGUGAACAAUUGAUUGAAUGUAUGACUGAGUAAACGAAAGGUUGAAAGAAUGAAUACACCAGCUGCUGUUUGGUAUUAACAGGUUCUACAAGUAUUUUAAUAAACAAGACUAUAGUUAAUAGAACUUAAUAUUCAAUAUCAUUCAUUCCCCCCCACAUUUUAUUGUACUUUUUUUUAGACAGACUUUUCAAUACGAUUGUAGAGUAAAGUUAACCAAAAUGUGUCUGAAUCUUUUGCUGUCUAAAUCAUCUGAGGCUCAACAUGUGGAAACAAGAUAUAUUUUCUGUGUUAUUUGUACUGAUGCAGUUCUCCUCUGAAUAUUGCCUCUGGAUGGGAUUUUUCAAAAAUUAGGAGCAAAGAUCUCACUGGCUUUCCAUUAGACCUACGCUCCUAGAUUACUUAGGCAUCUUUGAAAAUCUCACCCUCAAUUUUUAGCAACAUGUUUUAUAAUAUAAACUGGAAACAUAAUCUGUUAUUUAGAUGGGAAAAAUUCUGUUUAAUUUUUGGACUGAGAAAAAUAAUAUUUUAUCUUCCUGAGUACACUGUAUGAAAGUACUGACAAUGUAUAGAUUUAGAUAUGGUACUGUAUAUAAUUCCUUAUGAGUUAACAAUGAUUUUAUUCAUGA